AUGUUCCCCGAGGGCCCUGCAGCACUGGUCAACAGGGCCGUGCAAGAAGCAGGUGAGAGCCACCGCGCCCCCGCGGUCCUCUUCUUCACGGAGGCCGCGUCCGGCGCGGCGCAGUCGCUGCAGCGCCUGGCCGCGCAAGAGCAGGCGCCCUUCGAGGUGAUAAGCCUGCUGGACCCGUCCUGCACGUCCAAGGUGGCGGCCGCGCACGCGAGGUUCAGCGAGCGGCACAGCGGCUGGCUGCUGCUGUCCGACGCGGAGCUCUUGGAGCGGCAGCUGCCGAAGCAUCCGCAGCUCAUGAAGCGGCUUCGCAGCCUCAUGGACCUGGCGCGCGCUGCGAAGCUCCGGAAGAAUGGCGCCCCGCCGGUGCUGCUGGCAGCCCAGCUCCGCGCCGACUCGGACUCCAGCUUCGGCUGGGCGCACCUCCUGGAAGCGGAGCCGGUGCGCGCCUUUCUGUCCUGGCCUGUGGGGCUCCAGGCCAAUUUCCGGGCGCUGAAGGAAGAGAUGAGCUGCGAGCUCGAAGGAUGGCAAAGGGACUUCUGCGUGCUGCACGCCUUGAGGAGCGCUGGCGGAGGCCAGGGCGACUGGACUUGGCACCCGGAGGAGCCCAGUCCAACUUCCGCAGAUCUGCUAGGCAGUUGGCCGGCCAACUGGGCACAGCUUCUGCCGGCACUUCCGUCCCUAAGCCACGCUUCCGGCGAAGUGCCGGACGCGGAGUUGCGAGAAGCGAUGCUGCAGGUGCUGCAGCAGGUGCCGCACGCCCAGGAUGAGCUCUAUGGCCUGUGUGCGGAUUCGGAU